UGGAUACCGUCGUCACUGACAACCAGCCCGAAAUCAAAGCCUGAGGAUCGGGAUUGCAUCACCGGCUCGCGCUGCGUCAGGUGUGAUCAGGCUUUUCUCGUGGGAACUCCCGCGCGCGCCUCCACGCAUCCAUCCAUCGCGCCGGGAUAUAAUGGAGGAAUCCCACACAUGACACUUGCUUUUGGGACGGACUUCAUCUGCUCUGAGUCCUGGUGAAACUCGUCCAAGGAUCUGGCGCGCAGAGGGAGCAGAGCUCGUGCAGAAAUGCCUGUGUUUUCUCCAGUUCUGACUCGUCGAGAGUUCCUUCUUCUUCUCCUGAUAACUCUUGUUUUAUUGCCCCGUUUGCGGUGUGCUGGAUCGCGCAAGCAGACACCUGGUAUUAAUAUAUUAUUUUCCGGACAGUCCAACACUGUAACUGAGAAAGUUCUCACAACAGAUGGCAAAGAGUGCAAGUUUCCUUUUCGCUUCGGCGGGGUGAUUUAUCACCAGUGUAUCUCUAUGAACUCUCACAAAGCCUGGUGCUCUCUCACACACAACUUUGACCGCGACCAGAAGUGGGGAUUCUGCAGUUCACAAGCACGACUCUUUAAUGGGUUUCUUCCUCCGCGUCGCGGGUCGAGUCUCUGUCGGCAGAACCCAUGUUUAAAUGGAGGCGUUUGUGCGACGGCCGCUCAUCUGAACUCAUUCGAUUGUGUCUGUCCGGAUGGAUUCACGGGAGCUCUGUGUGAAAAGAAGAAGUGCUACGAGCCGCUGCAUCUGAAGUACUAUGACACCGGAGACUCGUGGGGACGGAUCUACCUGCGCUCCGUAGAGCUGUGCACGUGCCUCAGUGGAGGGGUGAGCUGCGAGCGUGCGCGUUACACGGUGUGUUCGAGAAAUCGCUGUGAAAAUAACGGAGUCUGCAGGAUGAUUGAGGCCACUGGUGAAGAGGUGUGCGGAUGUGUAUCUGGAUAUAAUGGACAAUACUGUAACAUCAACCCAGGAGAGCAGUGUUACCGUGAUUCAGGCGCUCUGUACCGCGGUGUGGCCAGUGUCACGGUCUCGGGCUCGUCUUGUCUGCCGUGGAACUCAGAUCUGCUGUUCACGGAGCUGACAGUGGAGACGGUGGAGAGCGCCCCCCACAGGGGCCUCGGGGGACACGCCUUCUGCAGGAAUCCUGAUCAAGAUAAGCUGCCGUGGUGUUAUACGGUGACAGGGCGAGCCGUUUCGUGGGAGUACUGCGCCAUCGAGCCCUGCUCCAAACCAGCGCUGGGCCGCAGAAGUCCCGUCCUCACCGUGGCCCCGGGGCCGUCCCGCAGACCCGUCAGGACCCCGGCGUGUGGGAAGCGGCAGGAGAAGCGGAUCAGUCGGGGUCGAAUCCUGGGCGGGACGUCUGCAUUGCCCGGCGCUCACCCCUGGAUGGCAGCGCUGUACAUCGCAGACGAGUUUUGUGCAGGAACACUGGUCUCCUCCUGCUGGAUCGUGUCGGCCGCUCACUGCUUCCUGCGCAAUCCACUAAAGUCACAGAUUCGGGUCGUUCUCGGCCAGCACUCCUUUAACGACACCGGUCCCAACACCAGGACCUUUGCUGUUCAGGACUAUAUUCUGUACCCGCGUUACACACAGUUUGAGCCGACCUUAAACGAUAUCGCUCUAGUGAAGCUGAAGAAGGUGGAGGGACGCUGCGCUCUGAAGACGCCCUUCAUCAGGCCCAUCUGUCUGCCGGAGAAAGACAUGACGUUUCCCGAUCACUCCUGCUGUAAGAUCUCAGGCUGGGGUCACAUGCACGAGAAGGCGAACUCGUACUCUCACCUGAUGGAGGGAGUGGUGAAGAUCAUCCCGUUCGAUCAGUGCUCGUCUCCAGACGUCUACGGGUCAGAGGUCAGGUCAGGGAUGCUGUGUGCGGGCAGCGAGUCCUGUGUGGACGCCUGUCAGGGCGACUCGGGCGGUCCGUUAGCGUGCGACUGCGACGGCGUGAGUUUCCUCUACGGGAUCAUCAGCUGGGGAGACGGAUGCGGACGCUCGGGAAAACCCGGCGUUUACACCCUCGUGCCCAAAUAUUCAGUCUGGAUCAACAGCGUCAUCAAAAAAUCCAGAAAAACAUCAGUGAACAGAACAACCAUAGACAUUUGCAUCGGGAGCCAGUGCCAAAGAUAAACCAUAAAACACAACUGUGACUUUAUUACUAAUGCAUUCACGAGGGCUCUCCAUUCCGGUGAUCAUGCGAUACCAGUGAGCGUGUUUUAUUGCUAUUGUAUUUAUGUUAACAAGCAGUAUGGUGACAUGCACGCUGGAAUGGAAAGCGUUAUGUAAAGUCGUAUGUAUUAUUAUCAUAAUAUAUUUUUUGCAUAUAGAUAGAUUUUGAGUAGAAGAUUGCUGUGAAAUAAAUGUCUUUUAAUCUGCAAAACAUAUUUAAAAACGAGAGUUGUUUGAGACAGUGUUUGAGUGAAUCUCAUAUUGGAAAGGUCACGCACAUAAACCCAUGAGAGUGAAUGGAAAGAUGUCGUUUCAAUGCAACAGCUUGCUGUUAAAGCACAGCUUUUAGUUAUUUAUUCCAGUAUGUAUUAUAAGCAUUGAAGCAUCUUCUCCGCUGACUUCCAUUCAAACAGGUCUCUAUGCUGAAUUUCUAUUCAUCUGACAGAGUGGCCAAAUAAUAGAUCAUCUAUGUAUUAAUGUGUAUCAUAUUUCAACACGAAAUUAUAUGUUGCAUAUUAAGUCUAUUUUUCAGACCGUAUUAUGCAUUGCGAUGUUUCCAUAACAUUUC